AUGGCACUUGCAGUGCAAUCUGUUUCAUCAUUAUCAUCAGCUGUUACAACAGUUUCUACUCGUUCAUCAUCAUUACGAACAUCACGACCUACAACAGCAUCUACAAAUCGAACUAUGAAUACAAAAUUUGUUGUUGAUUGGAGUGAUUCAACAACAUUAACAUCACCAAAUAAAACAAAAACAAAUGAUAAUAAUUUACAAGAAGCUUUUCAACAAUUUCGUGAACAACGUAUGAAUGAAAUAUGUCUUCAACAACGUGUAGAAUUAAAACGAAAAAAGAAAAUUUGUCGAUCUGAUUCUGGACGAAUGUAUCGUUUAAGAUUAAAAUUUGUUGAACAAGCAAAACGAUAUCUUGGAAUACCUUAUGCAAAAAAAUAUUUUGAACCUGGAACAUCUGAAUAUGAAUCAAAAUUAUUUCUUGAUUGUUGUGGACUUGUUCGACGUGUUAUGUAUGAUUUAUCAAAAGAUUUUGGAUUUGUUAUUGGCCCAUGGAAUCAAUCAUAUAUGUUUGAUACAUUACCAAAAACUAUAACACAUCUAUCUAAUGUUCAACCUGGUGAUCUUGUUUUUAUAUCAGCUACUUAUUACAAUGAGAAGAUGAAAAAACAACGACAUAAUUUAACACAUGUAGAAAUAAUGUUAGGUGAUGGAGAAAAAACUAUUGGAGCACGAUGGAAUAAUGGUAAAGUACAAUUUUUUGAUAGUUAUAAAUUUAUAUCAAAAAGUUAUCAUUCACAAAUUUAUACAAUUAAAUCAAUUGAUCAUUGGCUUAAAGGAAUAUGUAAAAGUUAUUGUUCGGAACAUCCAUGGCGUCGACGACGUACAAUUAAAAUUGAUAAAAAAUCCAUAUUUUUUUCAUCUGAUCAACCCAAUGAAAGACGACAUCGUCGUCGUGCACAUAGUAGUAAAUCAAGAAAAGGAACAGCCGGUUCAUCAACAUCAUCAAUAAAUUCUUCAAAUAAAAAAGUUCAUCAUCGUCGAAAACGAAGACGACGAACAAAACGUUCAAAAUCACAUAAACGUUCAAGUUCAGUUAAACUUUCGUCUGAAAAAACAAAUCUUACUACAAAUGAUGAACGUACACUUUUAUCAACAAGAUCAGAUAUUCAAUCAGUUAGUGAUAAUGAUGUACUUGUUAGUGAUGAUGAUGAUGAUUCCGUUGAUGUUAUUGGUAAUCAAUUAGCUGAAAUGAAUUGUCAAGAUGAACAAGAACAAUGUGAUGAUUCCGAUUCAUUAGAUGAAGCUUUAGAUGCUGAAUGUUUGGAUGAUAAUAAUGGAAAUAAUAUUAUUUAA